GAAUGUGAUGGGACCAUGGGCUUGUGGCCGAGGUUAAUGGGAUAUUGAGCUCACCGUAUGCGAACGACGCACUCGGUUCAGCCCAAUCUAUGAGCCGGGGUUGGUACUCAAAUCUGCGUACUCCGGAUUCAGUUUUCAGGCGGCCCUUUUCCGCCCGACAGUCGACGGGCCGCUCUUUCUCGCCCGCUUCGUGACGAUGAUGUCAAAGAAGAGUCGGUGUUCGAAUUGCACACAAACUGUUUGAUAGAAUUUCUCAGGUAUCUACUGCACAAAUUUGCUAGUUUCAGUUUCGACCUAGAGUUUUCAUGGCAUAAGCUUGGAACAGUGAGCUGGGGUUUCACAGCAAGGACUCUAUUUCUUUGCCACCGUCGUUCUUCUUCCUCGUAGAUGAAAGUGUGAACGGGCGAUGCGAUAAAAAAAUUGUUCCCCCAUUUGAUUAUUGAAUCUCACUUCUCUGCGAUGCGAAGCUCUUCGUUACGAACAUCGAGGACCAUUGCUGGUUCUGUGAAAACUCUUCUCGCCAGUGCUUCGCCAGUGGUUCGGCAAUCUUCUCGUUCUUAUUUUGCUAAUGUGAGGCUUGAGAAACUGCAAAAGGAAGCUAUUCCUUGUGAUUUCCUCAAAUGGUCUUCGCUAGGUUUCUUUCGGACUUCAAGAUUCGCUACUGGGUUCGCCCCAUUGCAACCGAAGCCGUUGGAUUCGAUCAUUGAUAUGGAGAGGGCUAAAGAUCGGUCACCGGAGGACCUCGCUUCCAUCUGGGAUGAUUAUCAUUUGGGAAGAGGUCAUAUUGGGGUGUCAAUGAAAGCUAAACUAUAUCAUUUAUUGGAACAACGAGCAGCAGAUUGCCGAUACUUUGUCAUUCCUAUGUGGCGUGGAAGUGGUUAUACUACCAUGUUUGUUCAAGUACAACUGCCGUAUAUCCUUUUCACUGGCCUUGAAGAUUACAAGGCAAGAGGAACUCAAGCAGCUCCCUACUUCACCGUGUCCUAUUACAAAGAAUUUGCAGAGAGCAAGGAUUUGGUGCUUGUUCGAGGCGAUAUUGUGUUUACAAGUAAGCUCACCGACCAGGAGGCAGAAUGGCUUUUAGAGACCACCCAAUCAUUCUAUUUGAACGAUGUGCGGUACAAGUUGCUUGAACGGUUCAACAGACAAACACGUGAUUUUGAGUUCAAGGAUGUCUUACAAGCGCUGGAAAUGCCCAUUUUAUGAUUGCUGCGGAACUAGACAAAGGUGCCCUCUAUGAGGUAAUAAUAAGAAAUUUAGCAAAACAUGACAAGCCUUUAUAGGGCUAUUAUUUAAACUUUGAUUAGGCUGUUUUGACCUGUUGAGAGAAUAAUCAAACGCUUUAUUCUUGGUAUGUUCGUAUGAUCGAGAAGUGUUCCCUGUUCCCUGCAGAGUUGAUUUAUGCCUCAUCUCAAAUAAUGGGAACGGAGAGGUUUUUUUUUGCAUACUGGAGUUGACAUUUCUAUUAUUUUUUCCUUGUGGAAGUUGGGGAAGGAGUUAUAAAUGGGAAAAUGAGUUCUAGUUCAUUAAUUCA